AUGGCAGACAGCUCCUGGAAUUCUCAGCAAUGGCCUUUUUGGUGGCGAGCCAUCAUCCUGCUCAAUGUCAGCUUCUACAAUCUCUUGGGAAACGCCUAUGCUGCGGGAGUGCCGCCUCUGUUCCAGCUUAUCAUUGAAGACUUCCACGUUUCCCAGGAGGCUGCGUCGCAGUUGUCGACGUACGUCCUGUUGGCAUUGGGACUUUCUAACAUCUUUGCACUUCCUCUCUCAGCUCUCAUCGGAAAGAGAUACACAGUCGUUUUCUCCCUGGCCGUAUUUCUGGCUUCAUGUAUCUGGUCUGGCGAGGCUGGGUCAUACGGAUCCCUGAAGGCGUCCCGCAUCGUCGGAGGCUUGGGCGGUGGAUUAAUCGAAGCCUUGGGCCCGCGGAUUGUCGUCGAGACAUUCCCUGAACGCCAACUGGCUAGCGCCAUGGUCGUUUACGUGGGCUUCCUUGCAGCUGGAUCUGCUGUUGGCCCUAUCGUUGCCGGUGCCGUCGCUCAAGACCUGGGAAACUGGAGAUGGUACAUGCGCAUUCUGUCGAUUGCCAUCUUCUGCAACUUGCUCGGGGCGAUCCUGAUGCUCCCGGAGACAACUCACGAAAUCCAACCGAACGACGAGCAUAUCCGACCGAACAAGGAUAGCGAGACUCCGGGAGGAGAGCCUCACGACGAUAAAGAACAAAACGACCAAAGGAUCGAGUCGGUGCCUGGCGUUGGCAAGGAGACUGUCUCGUACUUCAGAAGCCAUUCACUCAGAAAAGAGUACAUCGACAAAUCCUUCUCUACACAGUUCGUGAGCCUCAACUGGAGAACGGCUAUGCUUCUCUUCAUUCAGCCCGCCGAGCUCUUCCUGGCACCUCAGGUUCUCCUCGCCAUUCUUGUCUUUGGGCUGACCAUCGGUUGGACCGUGGUGACUUCCAUUCUCACUGCGAGCGUUUAUGCGGCACCACCUCUCCUCUGGAGUGCGCUGUCAGUUGGCCUUCUCAGCAUAGCACCUCUGGUGGGUAUCAUCAUUGGUUUGCCAAUUGGCGGCGCAUUCGCAGAUAUCCUGUCUGGCAUCGCUCGGAGGCGAUCCGGCGGAGAGCAUAAUCCUGCAACUCGUCUCCCCGUUGCUAUUUUGGGGGCCCUUGUUAGCCCAGCUGGCUGUCUGUUGAUCGGAUACGGCUUGAAAGAUCCAGCAAGUGAAUGGUUCCGCGUCUGUGCCGGGUGGUGCAUGCUCUCAGUUGGACUGACGGGCUCUGCGAACGUUUUGCUCACUUAUGCUGUUGACUGCCUGCCAACCCGAGCUGGGCACAUUGGCGUGUUGAUCAAUUUGACCAAGAACUGUCUUGGGUUUGGUGUUUCCUACGCGUCCAUCACCUGGAUGCAGACUGCGGGUCCCGUCAGUCAGAUGGCUACGAUGGCGGGUAUUCUCUGGGGAGCAUACCUCCUGGUGAUUCCCAUGGGACUUUUCAGCAAGACCCUCAUGAAAAAGACUUCGUGGUUGGAGGCCAGGACUCUGCCUGUUGGUCCUGUACACUGA